AUGAAUAAAACCAAUAAACUGCCCCAUUACACUAAGGCAAGAAACACCAUUUAUUCUGAAGCUGGAAUCGGCAUCUUAGGCAACAGUGUCCUUCUCUUCCACAUCCUCAGGCUCAUUCGUGGGCAGAGGCCCAGACUCACUGACCUGCCCAUUGGUCUCUAGGCCCUAAUCCACAUACUGAUGCUGCUGGUCAUGAGUUUAGUAGCUACAGACAUUUUUAUGCCUUGGAGGAGAUGGGGUGACACCACAUGUAAACUUAUUAUGUUCUUGUACAGGUUUUUUAGGAGCCUCUCUCUGUGUGCCUCUAGCCUGCUCAGCAUCCUCCAGGCCAUCACCCUCAGUCCCAGAAGCUCCUGUCUAGCAAAGUUCAAACACAAAUCUCCACACCACAUGUUAGGCUGCCUUCUUUUUCUCAGUGUCUUCUGUACAUCCAUUGGCAGUCCCCUCUUAUCAUACAUGAUUGCGAUCCCUAAUCUGACCUCAUCUCAUCUUACGUACCUCACUGAAUCUUGCUCUCUUGUGCCGAUGAAUUACUCUGUUCAGUACACAUUUUAUAUACUGUUGACCUCCAGGGAUGUCAUCUUUGUGGGUCUCAUGGCCCUCUCCAGUGGGUACAUGGUGACUUUCCUAUGCAGACAUAAGAAGAAGUCCCGUGUCCUCCACAGCGCCAGCCUUUCCCACAAACCAUCUGCAGAACAAAGAGCCACUUGGACCAUUCUGUGCCUCAUGAGUUUCUUUGUGGUGAUGGACACCUUGGAUAGCAUCAGUGCCUACUUAAGAAGUGUAAGUGAUGAUCCCAUGUUUUACUGUAUGUCGAUUCUGAUAGGCCAUGGCUAUGCCACUGUGAGUCCCUUUUCAGUCCUCAGCACUGAAAAAAGUGUAAUUAACAUUUUCAAAUCCAUGUGUGAGAGGGCAGUAAACACGUGUUGUUUAAGGAUGGGUGAGUUCCCUUAA